CGAAAAAAAGUAUUUGUCUGAAUACAAGGAAGCGCUUUCUUUGUAAAUCGAUUUUAUUGCUCUUUCAGAUCCUUCUCUUCUCUUCUCUUCGCCUUCUUCCACCGACUCCGCAAAACCCUCUUCUCUGUCGAUUCCACCUUCCAGAUCCAAUUUUCAAUUCUCCAUUGCCGCUCCUUCUUCGUUUUCAUCCCUUCUUCCCUUUCCGUUCAAGGCUCUCCUCCCCCUCAAUCCCCCUCGCCGGACUCUCAGAACCAUGAUUGAGCGUAUUCUCGGCCCCACCCGCCUCCGCCGGAUCCAGAGGGCCUUCCGCCACAGCGCCGUCACCGUUCUAUGUCUCUUCCUAACCGUCGUUGUCCUCCGUGGCACUGUCGGCGCUGGCAAGUUCGGCACUCCCGAGCAGGACUUCAACGAGAUCCGCAAUCAUUUCUCCUCUCGCGGCCGCCGCGUUGAACCUCGGCGCGUUCUGGAAGAGGCUCAGCCGGAAACUACCACCAAGCCGGCCGACCAGUCCAAUAAUUACGCUACAUUUGAUAUUUCGAAGAUUUUGGUGGAUGAAGGUGAGGAUGAGAAGCCCGAUCCGAGUAGACCCUACAGUCUUGGCCCUAAAAUCUCUGAUUGGGAUCAACAACGAGCUGAAUGGUUGAAGAACAACCCUGAUUUUCCUAAUUUCAUUCGACCUAAUAAGCCUAGAGUUCUUUUGGUUACUGGGUCCUCCCCAAAGCCCUGUGAGAAUCCUGUUGGUGAUCAUUACCUUUUGAAAUCGAUUAAGAACAAGAUCGAUUACUGUAGGCUUCAUGGGAUUGAGAUUUUUUACAAUUUUGCGCUUCUUGAUGCUGAAAUGGCCGGUUUCUGGGCUAAGCUUCCAUUGAUUAGGAAGCUUUUGCUAUCCCACCCGGAGAUUGAGUUCUUAUGGUGGAUGGACAGUGAUGCUAUGUUCACUGAUAUGGCUUUUGAGGUUCCAUGGGAAAGGUAUAAGGAUCAUAACUUUGUGAUGCACGGAUGGAAUGAGAUGGUUUAUGAUCAGAAAAAUUGGAUUGGGUUGAAUACUGGAAGUUUUCUUCUGAGGAAUUGCCAGUGGUCGCUCGACAUUCUCGACGCUUGGGCACCGAUGGGGCCCAAAGGGAAGGUUAGAGAUGAAGCUGGGAAGAUCUUGACCAGAGAGCUGAAGGACAGGCCGGUUUUCGAAGCUGAUGAUCAGUCAGCUAUGGUGUAUUUGCUGGCAACACAGAGGGAUCAAUGGGGGGAGAAGGUAUACCUUGAGAAUGCAUACUAUUUGCACGGAUAUUGGGGCAUUUUGGUGGACCGGUAUGAGGAGAUGAUCGAGAAUCAUCAUCCAGGUCUCGGCGAUCACCGGUGGCCUCUCGUAACCCAUUUCGUCGGGUGCAAACCGUGUGGGAAGUUCGGAGAUUACCCGGUUGAAAGAUGCCUGAAACAGAUGGACAGAGCAUUCAACUUUGGAGAUAACCAGAUUCUACAAAUCUAUGGCUUUACACACAAGUCACUGGCUAGCAGGAGAGUGAAGCGAGUUCGAAACGAUACGAGCAAUCCAUUGGAGGUGAAGGAUGAACUCGGGUUGCUUCAUCCAGCAUUCAAAGCUGUAAAGGUAUCAUCAACAACUUCUUGAUAGCCAUGGAAAUGCUUGAAAAUUUACAAGGGAUGGUUGGAUGGUUGUUUUAAAUGCAAUAUAGAGUUGCCUUUUGGUGGGGUUGGGGGCUGUUGCUUGUUCUUUGAAAAGGUGUAAUACAGUGUUCAAAAUUGUAUGGUUUUGGUAUUUAUUUAUCAGUUACCGAUAAUAUUGGAGAUUUGUAAACUUGUUUUUUUUUGGGGUUAAAAAACAAAAACUGUGUUAUUAAUGUCUAAAUUUCAUUGAUUUUUAGAAGGGCUUUCUUUCUUAGGUCAACACUUAUGUAAUGGAAAAUCUGAGAGAUUAUGAAAAGAGUAAUGAAUGAUAUGGAGAGUUCAUGAAGAAA